GCGCUCCUGUCAUUCUGCGGCCCCUCCGGCUUCCUUCUGCCUGUGCUGUCUUCAACGUCUCCUUAGUUCGGGCGGCGCUUCGCUUUCCGCCUCCGGAGCUUCCCGCCGCCGCUCCGGCCUCCGGACCUGGCAGGAGACGGCCGCUCGGCUCUGACUCGGCGCCCCAGCCUGGCUGCGGACGCCCCGGACCGCCGCACCCUCUGCCUCCUUGUGGUGCGUUGUCGGAUCUCCAGGGUUCGCGAGGCGGGACUGCCUCCGCCUCAGGCACUGGGCCCGGUGAGGCGACCCCCGCGGUUUCUCCAGCUUCCCUGAUCUGUUGAAAAAUAGUCAAGAUUAUAAAAUUUAGAUGACCAAAAUGGAUAUCCGAGGUGCUGUGGAUGCUGCUGUCCCAACCAAUAUUAUUGCUGCCAAGGCUGCAGAAGUUCGUGCAAACAAAGUGAACUGGCAAUCUUAUCUUCAGGGGCAGAUGAUUUCUGCUGAAGAUUGUGAGUUUAUUCAAAGGUUUGAAAUGAAAAGAAGUCCUGAAGAGAAGCAAGAGAUGCUUCAAACUGAAGGCAGCCAGUGUGCUAAAACAUUUAUAAAUCUGAUGACUCAUAUCUCCAAAGAACAGACCGUUCAGUAUAUUCUAACUAUGGUUGAUGAUAUGCUGCAGGAAAAUCACCAGCGUGUUAGCAUUUUCUUUGACUAUGCGAAACGUAGCAAGAAUACUGCGUGGCCUUAUUUUCUGCCAAUGUUGAAUCGCCAGGAUCCUUUUACUGUUCAUAUGGCAGCAAGAAUUAUUGCCAAGUUAGCAGCUUGGGGAAAAGAAUUGAUGGAAGGCAGUGACUUAAAUUACUAUUUCAAUUGGAUAAAAACUCAGCUGAGUUCACAGAAACUGCGUGGUAGCGGUGUUGCUGUUGAAACAGGAACAGUCUCUUCAAGUGAUAGUUCUCAGUAUGUGCAGUGUGUUGCUGGGUGUCUGCAGCUGAUGCUCCGGGUCAAUGAGUACCGCUUUGCCUGGGUGGAAGCAGAUGGGGUAAACUGCAUAAUGGGAGUUUUGAGUAACAAGUGUGGAUUUCAACUCCAGUAUCAAAUGAUUUUUUCAAUAUGGCUCCUGGCAUUCAGUCCUCAAAUGUGUGAACAUCUGCGACGGUAUAAUAUCAUUCCUGUUCUGUCUGAUAUCCUUCAAGAAUCUGUCAAAGAGAAAGUAACAAGAAUCAUUCUUGCAGCAUUUCACAACUUUUUAGAAAAGUCAACUGAAAGAGAAACUCGCCAAGAAUAUGCUCUGGCCAUGAUUCAGUGCAAAGUUCUGAAGCAGUUGGAGAACUUGGAACAGCAGAAGUACGAUGAUGAAGAUAUCAGCGAAGAUAUCAAAUUUCUUUUGGAAAAACUUGGUGAGAGUGUCCAGGACCUUAGUUCAUUUGAUGAAUACAGUUCGGAACUUAAAUCUGGAAGGUUGGAAUGGAGUCCUGUGCACAAAUCUGAAAAAUUUUGGAGAGAGAAUGCUGUGAGGUUAAAUGAGAAGAAUUACGAACUUUUGAAAAUCUUAACAAAACUUUUGGAGGUGUCAGAUGAUCCACAAGUCUUAGCUGUUGCUGCUCAUGAUGUUGGAGAAUAUGUGCGGCAUUAUCCACGAGGCAAACGGGUCAUCGAGCAGCUCGGUGGGAAGCAGCUGGUAAUGAACCACAUGCAUCAUGAGGACCAGCAGGUCCGAUACAAUGCUCUGCUGGCCGUGCAGAAGCUCAUGGUGCACAACUGGGAGUACCUGGGCAAGCAGCUGCAGUCCGAGCAGCCCCAGACCGCAGCCGCCCGCAGCUGAGCGCCUCUCCGGCCUCCCCUUCCGCCGCAGAGGGACCUGGGCGGGGGGGCAGCCUCUGUGUUUAGGGCCAAGAGUAAAUACUUUUCAUUUUACUUGUAAUUUCCUUCUGUUAUGUAGCUUUUCCAGAUAUUAAUUUCUGAAAAUAGUGUUUGCUUGUUAAGUUGUAUAAAAAAGCAGGUGUAUCCAAGGCAAAUAUUACUGUUACAUAUACUGCUUGCAAUUUCUGUAUUUAUUGUUCUCUGGAAAUGAAUAUAGUUAUUAAAGGAUUCUCACUCCAAA